UCGAUAAACAAGCAAUUAAUGGAUUUUAAUUUAAUUUAAGUGAUGAUAAAAUUCCUAUAAAAAUAUCCCGGUUAAGGGUUAAUGCAGUUAACGGUUCGUUUGAAGUCCACGUCGAGCCAAAUGUCCGGAAGCGUGAAGUCAGAGGCCCUGGAACUGGAGGUUCCGCCUUAUAAUUCUAAUGCAUCUCAAGCGCCACAAUCGCAGACAUCGCCGCAUGUCUGGCCACCGAUGCAACGGAAUCAGUCCCAUUCCAUGACGUCCUUACCUCCCGAGCCCUAUAUGAUUAUGAGAAGUCGGUCCUUCAAUAGGAGAGUCACUCUUAAUGUUGGAGGUGUCAGACAUGAAGUGCUGUGGAGAACAUUAGAGCGAUUGCCGCACACAAGACUCGGUCGGCUCAGGGAUUGCAAUACACACGAAGCCAUCUGUGAAUUGUGCGAUGACUACAGUCUUGUAGACAACGAAUACUUCUUCGACCGACAUCCCCGAUCGUUCGCUGCAAUUCUCAACUUUUACCGAACAGGAAAACUUCAUUUAGUCGAAGAAAUGUGUGUAAUGGCGUUCAGCGAUGAUCUCGAGUACUGGGGUAUCGAUGAACUAUACCUCGAGUCCUGUUGUCAACACAAAUACUAUCAACGAAAGGAACACGUGUUCGAAGAGAUGCGCAAAGAAGCCGAGUCUUUGCGUCAAAGAGAUGAAGAAGACUUCGGUGAAGGAAAAUGUGCUUAUUAUCAGAAAUUUCUUUGGGAUCUCCUUGAAAAACCUACCUCUUCUUUCGCCGCGAGGGUUUUAGCAGUCGUAUCGAUUUUAUUUAUAAUUUUGUCCACAAUUGCACUGACCCUCAACACAAUCGACACAUUUCAAGAGAAACAUCCGAUAACUGGCGAACUCGAGGAAAACCAUAAGCUGGCAAUGAUUGAAGCCGUUUGUAUCACUUGGUUUACAUUGGAGUAUGUGCUCAGAUUCAUGUCAUCACCAAAUAAGUGGAAGUUCUUCAAAGGAGGACUUAACAUUAUCGAUGUGUUAGCCAUUUUGCCAUAUUUUGUAUCAUUAUUUCUCAUCGAAUCAAAUAAAAACUCUGAUCACUUCCAAGAUGUUAGAAGAAUUGUACCCAUAUUUAGGAUAAUGAGGAUCCUUAGGAUCUUGAAGUUAGCCCGACAUUCAACUGGACUCCAGAGUCUAGGCUUUACACUCAAGAAUAGCUAUAAAGAAUUAGGUCUUCUAAUGCUAUUCCUUGCCAUCGGAAUCAUGAUAUUCUCGAGUUUAGCCUAUUUUGCGGAAAAGGAUGAAAUCAAUACUAAGUUUAAGUCCAUUCCAGACACCUUCUGGUGGGCGUCCAUUACAAUGACUACUGUCGGUUAUGGAGAUAUAGUGCCGACAACAUUGUUUGGAAAGAUCGUAGGCAGUGCCUGUUGCAUCUGUGGCGUACUGGUCAUUGCUCUGCCCAUUCCUAUCAUCGUAAAUAAUUUCGCCGAAUUUUACAAAAAUCAAAUGAGACGCGAAAAGGCGUUAAAGCGGAAGGAGGCGCUGGAAAGGGCCAAACGGGAGGGCUCUAUCGUAUCAUUUCACCAUGUUAACUUACGCGAUGCAUUUGCCAAAUCUAUGGAUCUCAUCGAUGUGCUGGUAGAUAGUGGACAAAACAAUGCCCAACAAAUUGAUGCGAUCAGUGUUGGCGGUGAGUCUCACGUGAACACUGGUAUCGGUUGUUACAAGAACUAUGACCACGGAUUGUCGGGCGGAUGUCUUAGUCAACGAAAAGACUCACUAUUAGGUGCACCGCCGAUGAAUUGACUCAAAUGAACUGAGAUCUGAAGUGAAUCUAUUUGAUAAUAAUUUAAAUGAUUGACCACUUAAUGACCCAAAUUCAGCCCAAGGAAGCUGAUUGUCAGUGAGGGGUCGCAACCAAA